UCAGCAACACGCACAAUAUUUCACAUUGACCUUGACUGUUUCUUCGUCUCAGUUGCCCUUAGAGAUCGACCUGAUUUAGUUGACAAGCCAGUUGCAGUUACUCACAGCAAGGGUGUCUCAAGAGGGUUUUCGGAGUUGGCCUCAGUGAAUUACGCUGCUCGUAAAUGUGGCCUUAAAAAUGGUAUGAUUGUUCGUGAUGCUAUCAAGCUCUGUCCUAAUCUUGUAUGCAUGCCAUACCUAUUUGAUGAGUAUCGUAUUGUAGCAAAAACCAUAUAUACCGUGCGGAUCAGCGAUCCCCAAGCUUUCGCCGAGCAUCUACGUGCAGAGAUAAGGCAGGAAACCGGAUGUCCUGCUUCUGUUGGAAUAGGAAAAAACGUGCUGAUUGCUCGACUGGCAACCCGUCACGCAAAACCGGACGGAGUACGUUUCGUGCUUCCGAGUCAAACUGAAUUUUUUAUCGCUAAUGAAAAGGUGAAAAACCUCCCCGGAAUGGGAUACCAGACUUAUUCGAAAAUCGUCAGCGUUUUCGUAACAGAAAAAUUGUCAACAGUUGUUGAAGAAACCAGUAGCACGGCGAGCGUAUCAUUUGAAGGCCUUCCAGGUAAUGUUGAGAAAUGUCGUGAUCUCCAGAUGCUCAGUCGAAGCGAAUUAGAACGGGUGCUUGGAAAAAAAGUUGCUGAUCAAAUCUACAAAAUGUGCCGUGGGGAAGUCGAUGAGAAGAAUUUUGUUUCCAGUAAUAUACGCAAAAGCAUAUCUUGUGAUAUCAAUUACGGUAUUCGCUUCACAAAGGUAUUCGCCUUCUUCAAUUUCUUAUUUGAUCCACUUUGUCUACUUGUUUGGUAG